CUUUUACAGUUUUUAAUUAGUCCGUUAACCAAUAGCAUUGAGUUGGCGUCAAUUACUAUAUGCAUAUAUAACAGUUCACUCCAUUUUUUCAAUAAUUGUUUGCUGGUGGUUGAUCAGGAAAUAUACAUCUAAAACAAUUGGCAAAGGAUGAAGUACUCAUUUGGCUUCUUCCUAGUUUCCUUAUUUACAUUUUCAAAAGCGCAAAUACUUACUCAAUGGACACCAUUUAGUGAUUGCUCAGCAACAUGCAACACAGGUAAUUCAAUACGCACACGAACAAGAUCAUGCACACCUGCAAAUCUAUGCCAAGGAAUUUCUCUAUUUGAUACUACUUCCUGUAAUGUGGAAUACAGUUGUCCAGAUUAUAGACUUGGUGAUUGGGGUACAUGGAGUUCUUGCUCAGAAUCAUGCAGAGCAACUCAAUCGAAUCCAACUCGUGUUCGAACUCGUUCUUACUGUCUUAGUAAUUCAACAUCUGCAUAUCAAUGCACUUCUAAUUUCAUGGUUAGUUAUGAACCAUGUAACACUGUUGCUUGUUCCACAGUUAAGUCAUGCAACCAUGUAAACUUUACAUUUGUCUUUGUGUUGGAUAGUUCAUCCAGUGUUGAAGAUCAAGAAUGGAUGGAUGAAAAAGGUUUGGUUUUAAGUUUUGUCAAAAGCUCAGCAUUUGGAGUGAAUCCAAAUGUUGAUGUAGCUGUGGUAAACUAUGGUAGUACUGCUCAAGUAGAGGCUGAUUGUGGUACAUUUAAAAGCUACUCAACUUUUGAAACUUUCAUGAACAAUUUAAAAAUGGUAACUGGUGGAACUGCGAUACACAGAGGGCUUACAACUGCAGAAACUGUAUUCCAAAGAUGCCAAAAACUCAAUAUGAAUCCUGUUAUAGUUCUUCUUACCGAUGGUUUUGAAAACAUAGAUACAAAUAUUGACAGCAACAUAGCUAUUGAAAAUCGUAUAAAAAGUGAAGCUCUUUUAGUUGCAGGUGCCGUACAUGAAUACAAAAAGGAUGAAAUAGAUAGAAUAACAAGUUACAUUGUUAAUGGACAGAAUGUAUCUUAUAACUUCUUUGCUACAAACUUCACGUAUCUUCGAUCUGGAUUUGCUGACAACCUAUAUAAUUUUGUUGUUGGAAAGAGCCAAUGUGAAACUCAAGGACAGUGGACAUCUUGGACUACUUGGGAAAACUGUUCUCAACUGUGUGGAGUAACUGGCUAUAUGAAGCGUUCACGUUCUUGCAUGAAUCCUAUAACAAGCAAAAUUCAAGAAGAUUGCGAACUAGAUGGCAAUAAAGCAAACCUUGAUUACAUGACUUGUAUUCAGCCGUGUGCCUCAUUUUCUGAAUGGAGUAGUUGGGGUGCAUGCUCAGCAAGCUGUAAUUUAGACAGUGUUCCACCAAAAACAUCUCGGUUUAGAUCAUGUCUCCCAGGACUUGGAUCUUGUAUUGGAUCUUUAUCAGAGACACAAGAGUGCAACACAAAUACUCCUUGUCAAGGAAUAAUAUCAUCAUGGGGAGCAUGGAGUCAAUGUUCAGCUACAUGUCAAUUAACAUCAACAUUACCAACUCAACAAAGAUCGCGAACUUGUGUUGGAGCAACACUUGGUGGAAAUUGUGAUGGACAAUCCACUGUCGAUUCACAAACAUGCAGUGUUGGAAUUUAUUGUCCAGGAACAAUAUCGGAUUGGAGUUUUUGGGGUGCAUGCUCUUCUAUAUGUAAUAAUCUUGUAAAUAUACCUUUUCAAACAAGAAGUCGGUCAUGCAUUGGGUAUUCAACAUGGGAUCCAAACUAUACUGGUUGUCCUGGUAUCACUAAAAGUGAUCAACAAUCUUGUAAUGUUAAUGUUGCUUGUUCAGGUAGUUAUGGUGAAUGGAGUGCAUGGAGUAGUUGCUCUGAAUCUUGUCAGUCUAAUCCUGCUGCAACUCCAUUUCAAACUCAGACUAGACCAUGUCUAGGGGCUACAUUAGGAGGUGGUUGCGCUGGGCCUAGUUCUCAAACAAUGGCUUGUAAUACUGGAGUACCUUGUCCAGGUAUAUUAAGUGGUUGGUCAACAUGGGGAGCAUGUUCAUCUUCUUGUCAAUUGGAUUAUACUGUGCCAACACAAACUAGUACUCGCACUUGUUCAGGAGCCUCUUUAGGUGGUAAUUGUAACGGUCAAGCUUUAACUCAAACUAAAAACUGUAAUGCUGAGGUUCUUUGUCCAGGAGCAUUAAGUGGUUGGGGUUCUUGGAGUGCAUGUUCUGCCUCCUGUAACACUCAAGUCAAUGGUCCGUAUCAGUAUAGAAGCCAAACUUGUAUUGGUGCAUCUAUAUGGAAUCCAAAUUAUGUAGGCUGUAAUAAUGUCAGUUUAAAUGAUCAACAACUUUGUAAUCAAAAUGUUCCUUGUCCAGGUAACUAUGGUGCAUGGAGUGCAUGGGGAGCUUGCUCCGAAACUUGUCAGUCAAAUACUAAUGUGUCUCCAUUUCAAACUCAGACUCGGCAAUGUCUUGGUGCUACAUUAAAUGGUGGUUGUACUGGAACAAGUUCUCAAACUCAAAACUGCAAUACUGGAGUUUCUUGUCCAGGCUUUAUAAGUGCAUGGGGAGCGUGGGGAGCCUGUUCAGCAAGUUGUCAAUUAAGUUUCACUUCACCUAGUCAGACAAGAAAUCGUCAAUGUGUUGGUGCUACUUUUAAUGGCAAUUGUAAUGGAGCAGUGUUGACUGAUACUCAAAAUUGUAAUGAGCAAGUUUAUUGUCCAGGAACAAUAUCAGAUUGGAGUUCUUGGGGUGCGUGUUCUUCUAUAUGUAAUAAUCUUGUAAAUAUACCUUUUCAAACAAGAAGUCGAUCAUGUAUUGGGUAUUCAACAUGGGAUCCUAACUAUACUGGUUGUCCUGGUAUCACUAAAAGUGAUCAACAAUCUUGUAAUGUUAAUGUUGCUUGUUCAGGUAGUUAUGGUGAAUGGAGUGCAUGGAGUAGUUGCUCUGAAUCUUGUCAGUCUAAUCCUGCUGCAACUCCAUUUCAAACUCAGACUAGACCAUGUCUAGGGGCUACAUUAGGAGGUGGUUGCGCUGGGCCUAGUUCUCAAACAAUGGCUUGUAAUAGUGGAGUACCUUGUCCAGGUAUAUUGAGUGGUUGGUCAACAUGGGGAGCAUGUUCAGCUUCUUGUCAACUGGAAUAUAUUGUGCCAACACAAACCAGUACUCGUACUUGUUCAGGAGCCUCUUUAGGUGGUAAUUGUAAUGGUCAAGCUUUAACCCAAACUAAAAACUGUAAUGCAGAGGUUCUUUGUCCAGGAACAUUGAGUGGUUGGGGUUCUUGGAGUGCGUGUUCUGCCUCCUGUAACACUCAAGUCAAUGGUCCGUAUCAGUAUAGAAGCCAAUCUUGUAUUGGUGCAUCUAUAUGGAAUCCAAAUUAUGUAGGCUGUAAUAAUGUCAGUUUAAAUGAUCAACAACUUUGUAAUCAAAAUGUUCCUUGUCCAGGUAAUUAUGGUGCAUGGAGUACAUGGGGAGCUUGCUCAGAAUCUUGUCAGUCGAAUCCUAAUGUUUCUCCAAUUCAAACUCAGACUAGGCAAUGUAUUGGUGCUACAUUAAAUGGUGGUUGUCCUGGAACAAGUUCUCAAACUCAAAGCUGCAAUACUGGAAUAUCAUGUCCAGGUUUUAUAAGUACAUGGGGAGCAUGGGGAGUAUGCUCAGCAAGUUGUCAGUUAAGUUUCACUCCACCUACUCAGACAAGAAAUCGUCAAUGUGUUGGUGCUACUUUUAAUGGCAAUUGUAAUGGAGCAGUGUUGACUGAUACUCAAAAUUGUAAUGAGCAAGUUUAUUGUCAAGGAACAAUAUCAGAUUGGAGUUCUUGGGGUGCAUGUUCUUCUAUAUGUAACAAUCUUGUUACUGUACCUUUCCAAACGAGAAGUCGGUCAUGCAUUGGGUAUUCAACAUGGGAUCCUAACUAUACUGGUUGUCCUGGUAUCACUAAAAGUGAUCAACAAUCUUGUAAUGUUAAUGUUGCUUGUUCAGGUAGUUAUGGUGCGUGGAGUGCAUGGAGUAGUUGCUCUGAAUCUUGUCAGUCUAAUCCUGCUGCAACUCCAUUUCAAACUCAGACUAGACCAUGUCUAGGGGCUACAUUAGGAGGUGGUUGCGCUGGGCCUAGUUCUCAAACAAUGGCUUGUAAUAGUGGAGUACCUUGUCCAGGUGUAUUGAGUGGUUGGUCAACAUGGGGAGCAUGUUCAGCUUCUUGUCAACUUGAAUAUACUGUGCCAACACAAACCAGUACUCGCACUUGUUCAGGAGCCUCUUUAGGUGGUAAUUGUAAUGGUCAAGCUUUAACUCAAACUAAAAACUGUAAUGCAGAAGUUAUUUGUCCAGGAACAUUAAGUGGUUGGGGUGCAUGGAGUGUAUGUUCUGCCUCGUGUAAUACUCAAGUAAAUGGACCCUAUCAGUAUAGAAGUCAAUCUUGUAUUGGUGCUUCUACAUGGAAUCCAAAUCUAGUGGUUUGUGGUGGAGCUAGUUUAAAUGAUCAGCAAUUUUGUAAUCAAAAUGUUCCAUGUCCAGGUUUUUAUACAGCUUGGUCAGCAUGGAGUUCUUGUUCCGAAUCAUGUCAAUCUAAUAUUAACAAUUCUCCUACACAGUUUCACACAAGAACUUGUCAAAAUUUUACAUUGAAUGGUGGUUGUGUUGGCGUAAGUUCUGAAACUCAAAACUGCAAUUCCCAAGUUUCUUGUCCAGGAGAUCUUACACAAUGGUCAGGAUUUUCUGCAUGCAGUCAGUCUUGUCAGAUUGGUUCAGUAGUACCAACAAUGAAUAGAGUGCGAAGUUGUUUAAACCCUACAUUUGGCGGUAAUUGUCAAGGACAAUCACUUACAGAUGUUCAACCUUGUAAUGCAGGAGUAGCAUGUCCAGGUCAAUUGACUGAUUGGACAUCAUGGAGUCAAUGUCCAGCUACAUGUCAACAAACAGUUGGUCAAUAUAAUUUGCAGUACAGAUCAAGACAAUGUGUCAAUGCAUCAUUAAAUGGAAACUGUGGUGGAGCUGUAUUAAAUGAUCAAACUCCUUGUGUUAAAGAUGUUCCUUGUCCUGGAAUUCUUAGCCAAUGGAGCACUUGGAGUUCGUGUUCAGAGUCUUGUAGAAGCAACUUGUUGAUAGCCCCAUCUCAAACUAGAACAAGAACAUGCACAACAGCUACACUUGGUGCCAAUUGCGGUGGUGCUUCGCUUGUUGAAUCCCUCAGUUGUAAUGCUAAUGUAGGAUGUCCUGGUGUGUGGACAAGUUGGGGACCAUUUACUGAUUGCUCUGCGUCUUGCCAGUCUACUGGUAAUAUUGUUCCGACUCAAUCACGCCAGAGGUUCUGUGUUAACAACACUCUUGAUGGACCUUGUCCUUCUGAUAAUAAUGGUGAUAAAAUCCAAACUGUUCAAUGUAAUGUUGGAGUUAUUUGUCCAGUAAGAGGAACUUGGAGUACUUGGGGUGCUUGGUCUACAUGCAGUGCAAGUUGUGAUGCUGGUAUUAUUCAAAGAUCACGAGCCUGCUCAGUUCCUUACCCAAUAGGGGCUGGUGAUGAUUGUACUGGCAACACUACGCAAACUCUUCCUUGUAAACUGUUUGAUUGUCCAAAAUCUUGUGCUAUUGCAAAACGUUGUAACUGUUCUCAAGUUAAACAAUGGUCUUCUGUUCCUACGUUUGACCAAUUUCAAUCAAGAGGUUUAACUCAUGGAGCAAUAGAAACUGUGCUUAGAUAUUUAAGUUCAUAUGGAGAUGAUACCGUUGAUAAAGCAUGUCAAGCUUGCAACACUAUGAUGUUAACCACAUUGAGAUCGAAUGUUGCUGAUCAGUUAAGUCAAGCUAAAGCUGCAAGAGCAAAACUUGAAUUAAUUAAAAAUGAUUUACGUGACGUCAUCUACUGUAAUGGGGUAAUCUUGAACAAUGCAGGUUUAUGGAGCCUCUACGACUUAAUGUUUGAGCAUGCAACUAUGUUAGAUGGGGUUAUUAUAGAGUUAAACGCUAUUUACUUACGUUUUGAUGCUGCUUUGACUUCUUGUCAAUCGUACGGCUGGAUCCAUCAAACUUUCAAAACAAUUUUACGAAAAUGCACCUUUUAAAAUAUUUUUAAAAAUGAUUUUUUAAAAUACAUAUACAUAUAUAUACAUAUUUAUUUUCUUAUUGUAUUUUUUCAUUUUCAAAUAUUGUAAGCUUAACGCAUUUAUUUAAUCUUGUAUUUUUAUGUAUGCACUUAUUUAGCCAUUAAUUUGAGCAUUUUUUAAUUGUUAAAUUUUUAAUCGUUAAAUUUUAGUAAACAUGUUUUUUAAA